CCUUUCUUGAGUCCUUUCUUUAUUCUUCAUUCAGUUCUAAAUUUGCAUUGAGGAGGAAAAUCAAGAAAAAUACCACUACUACAUAAUUGUUAGUAAAUAGAUUAUAGGGGUGGUGAAUUAGAAGUUACAGAUGAAGGUCUGAUUUUUCCGGCAGAGGGAUUCUAAUUCCGAGGGCCGGAAAAAGUUCAUCUUGACAUAUGGAACCGGCCCCAGAGGCUGCUCCGGCCCCCACAUCGCCACCACCUUCAGAUUAUUCACCACCACCCUCGCCGCCUGAAGACGGUGAAGGAACUCCGCCGCCUGCCGCUCCUUUACAGCCGCCAUCAAACCCAACCCCGUCGCGGAAGAAGCGACGUCCAUCAUCUACCUUCACCCCUCCUAACGUUUAUCCGCCACGUGGCAGUGCUUCUAACAGAGAUCCUGACAACAAAUUACCCAAAAAUUCUAACCGGAAAUCACCAUAUAAAUCAAACGACUAUGAUUCAAUUUCAGAUUCUGAUUCCACCACCAGCAUAACAAUCGUCGCCGGAGUAGCUGCCGCCCUUGCGGUGUUUCUUGCUCUCGUUAUCGUUUGUCUACUCUGUAAUCGGAAGAAGAAGAAACCCUAUUAUUUGGACGACAGCCAUGAAAAACCUCCAGGAGUAGGCGGUGGUGGACUACACUACCAUGGCAAACCAGACCAUGUCGUCAAAUUUGGAGGUGGGCCUGGCGGCAGUAGUAAUUGGGGACAAUCACCACCGGUGAACACCGGUCGCGCGUCGUCGGGGGCAAGAAUGUCAGCGACAUCCGUCAUGUCUUUAGCUUUCAGGAGCCAAUUUUCAUACGACGAGCUAGCAGCCGCCACCGGAGGAUUCGCCGGAUACAACAUUUUAGGGCAGGGAGGUUUUGGGUAUGUUCAUAAAGGAGUGUUACCCAACGGGCAAGAGGUAGCUGUAAAGAGCUUAAAAUCGGGCAGCGGACAAGGUGAACGAGAGUUUCAGGCAGAGGUGGAGAUCAUUAGCAGGGUCCACCACCGGUAUCUGGUUUCACUCGUCGGAUAUUGUAUUUGUGAUGCGGAGAGGAUUUUAGUCUACGAAUACGUUCCUAAUAAAACUUUGGACUUCCAUCUUCACGGAAAGAGUCAACUUGUUCUAGAUUGGCAAACUAGAAUGCAUAUUGCGCUUGGAUCUGCCAAAGGACUUGCGUAUCUUCACGAAGAUUGCCAUCCUCGGAUCAUUCAUCGAGAUAUCAAAUCCGCUAACAUUCUACUUGACCAUGAGUAUGAGGCGAAGGUGGCUGAUUUUGGAUUGGCUAAACUAACAUCGGCUAACGACACACAUGUCUCAACUCGUGUAAUGGGGACUUUCGGGUACUUAGCUCCGGAGUAUGCUUCGAGUGGGAAGCUAACAGAUAAAUCAGAUGUUUUCUCAUUUGGGGUCAUGUUAUUGGAGAUAUUAACAGGAAGGAAACCGGUCGAUCCCUCGAACGACUACAUGGAUGACAGUCUUGUCGAAUGGGCGAAACCACUCAUCGCGAAGGCAUUAGAAGAUGGAGACUUCAACGAGCUCGUGGAUCCACGUUUGAAAGGUAAUUACGAUCAGAAAGAGAUGUCCCGUAUGGCUUCUUGUGCUGCAGCUGCAGUUCGACAUUCUGCUAGAAAGCGCCCUAAGAUGAGCCAGAUUGUACGAGCAUUGGAAGGGGAUGCAUCGUUGGAUAGCUUGAACGAGAAUACAACAAAUGGAGGGACACCAAUAAGCAAUGGUGAAACGAGAGUUUAUGACACAAAAGACUACAAUGAUGAUAUGAUGAAGUUUAGGAAGAUGGUGAUGUCGAGCCAAGAAUUUGAGAGCAACGAAUACAGUAGCAGAUCGAGUAUGAGCAACGAGACGAAUAAAUCAUGACCUUUUAGAGACAAAAACUAUAAACUUAUGUAUAGGGCU